AUGGGCGAGGCAACGGGUACAAUGGAUGAACUAGGUGAGAACAUUAAUAGUUUUUUCGUUAGUUUAUCAUCAGAUUUCCAACCCCUCGAAGACGAUCCGAACUAUCAAGCCGAAUGUACACCCGAUAUGCUUGGUGACCCAUAUAAAGCGUAUCGUGCCUUGAAGGAAGUUAAAUGUCAUAAGUCAGUUGGUCCAGAUGAAAUUCCUAUUAGGAUACCUAGAGACUUUGCUUCCGAAUUAUCCCCAGUGGUGUCUGACAUUUAUAACA